CCAUUUCGUUCGGCUCCCAUUUCUUAGCGAUCGACGAGUUCAUUCGAAUCCACUGUUCAGUUCAGGUACUUCCGUCCGUCCGUCCGUCAAGCCAAAAGGCGUGUCUUGGCGGGGCGAGCAAAGACACAGACAUUAUGCAUGCAAAUCUGAUCAGCCAGUCUGUCUGUCGACUGUACACGCAGUCAAUGUACAUAUGCACAACAGAAAAACAGGCAGCUAGCAAGGCCUCUCAACUCCCUUGCCCUCCCCUGUCAGCCCUUCCCUCAGGUAGCCUGCACUCGCCUCCCUCCCUCGCCCCCUGCAUGCCUCCCCGCCCUCCAUUGGUGUAUUGAUUGAUUAUCCAGCCGUGAUUCUGUCGAGUUCGUCUUUGGCCUCUGUGCUGACUGUCCUGAAGUCAUCGAUGAGUUGUGGGAGGGAGUCGAGCUGGUUCUUGUCCACCGCCAACUGAAUGGCCUCGCACGUCCUCUGCAGAUGAUCCGCUGCCGCAUACCUGAGGGAGGGAUCCAUCGACGGGUGGAUGACAUGACAUACACGAGGGCAAGGUGUUGCUGUGGGAUGUGUGUGUACGAGGCUGACCCUGAUGAGCCCUUGAGGGCGUGGGCGUCUUUUCGCAUCGUCUGGUAGUCCUUCUUGUCCCAUGCACUCAAGAUGCUCGCGACCUUCGUCUGAGUGUCAGCAGACAAACAGCGACCACACAGACGAGAAAGAAAAACAAAUCAUGAAAUCAUCAAUCGAUGACUUUGCGUGCAUCGUGCAUCCUUCCUUUGAUCAAUUCCAUUCUGUGGGCUCCUGUCCUGCCACGCAACGCAGCUUACUUGGAGUUCUUCCUUGUAUCUGCCCAGCAGCAUGAGGAAGGUCUCCUCGUCGCCUAUUAUCUCCGCCCCCUUGCCGAUGUCAAAGUGCUUGUACGACAU